GUUUUCACUUUAGAUUAAUCUCAAAUUAAACCGAAACUACGAUUCGUCGCCGGAGUAUAACCGGAGAAUAAAAAAAAACGAUGGAAGCUCACGGUUCCGGUCUCCGGCGAGUUCUCUUGUUGUCAUUCUGCGUCGCCGGGAUCUGGGCUGCGUACAUUUACCAAGGCGUUCUUCAGGAAACCUUGUCGACGAAGAAGUUUGGUGAAGAUGGGAAGAGAUUCGAGCACCUUGCGUUUCUGAACUUGGCUCAGAAUGUUGUUUGCUUGGUUUGGUCUUAUAUAAUGAUUAAGCUGUGGUCCAAUGGAGGUAGUGGUGGAGCUCCAUGGUGGACUUACUGGAGUGCUGGUAUUACUAAUACCAUUGGUCCUGCCAUGGGCAUUGAAGCUUUGAAGUAUAUUAGCUACCCGGCUCAGGUUCUGGCAAAAUCUUCUAAAAUGAUUCCAGUUAUGCUUAUGGGUUCCUUAGUUUAUGGCAUAAGAUACACUUUGCCUGAGUAUCUUUGCACCUUUCUCGUUGCGGGAGGAGUCUCCAUGUUUGCUCUGCUUAAGACAAGCUCGAAGACCAUCAGCAAGCUAGCAAAUCCAAACGCCCCUCUUGGUUACGGACUUUGCUUCUUGAACCUCGCCUUUGACGGAUUCACAAACGCCACCCAGGAUUCCAUUACCGCAAGGUACCCCAAAACCAACGCAUGGGACAUAAUGCUGGGAAUGAAUUUGUGGGGAACCAUAUACAACAUGGUCUACAUGUUUGGAUUGCCACACGGGAGCGGAUUCGAAGCUGUGCAGUUCUGCAAGCAACACCCUGAGGCAGCAUGGGACAUUCUCAUGUACUGUCUAUGCGGCGCAGUGGGACAAAACUUCAUCUUCUUGACAAUUAGCAGAUUCGGGUCUCUAGCUAACACGACCAUCACCACAACCCGGAAGUUCGUAAGCAUCGUGGUAUCCUCUGUUCUCAGCGGGAACCCAUUAUCCUCAAAACAAUGGGGAUGUGUCUCAAUGGUGUUUGGUGGUUUGUCUUACCAAAUUUACCUGAAAUGGAGGAAGCUGCAGAGAGUGCAGAAGAAGAAAAAGACUUGAUGCAAAAAACUAGAAUUUUCUUCAAAAUUUUGUUGUUGGUUUGAGAACUUUUUACUUAAAUAUAUAACACAAAAGAGGUAGUCAGUCACAUUAGCAAUAUGUAAACCAGUGCACUAGAAGAAACUUAUAUAUAUGUCAAUCCAAAAUCAAAGCAUGAUUCCACUCA